AUGCAUAGCUCGCUGCUAGUUCUCAUCCUAGCGUAUGCACAGGCUACGAAGGCCAUUUAUCUCAAUGCCACGGUCAAUCCUGUGCGUGGAAACCUCACAACAUCAGUCGCAUACUUUGACGUCUCUCCAGGUCCCUUCACGCCUCUCAUGGCUCAGGAAACUGAUCUAGUACAGACAUUGGAUCACGAAACUAUCGCCUAUGGUGAGGUGUACGUCGAGACUCCAGAUAAGAGACCGGUGCGCAUCUCUGCUUACGUUUCAGCAACACCAAGCACAGGUUCUCAGGUUGAAGUCACCAGCGCGGCUCAGGAUUCAGAUCUUGGCUCUGAAAGCGAAUUUCUUUCAUCCGCCACAGGUUCUCCUGCCCAGGCAUCGAUUGUACCUGGUACAGCCUCCGGCUCAGAACCUCUCUCUUCCUCGUUGACUAGUAUUCCAAAUUCACAAACAACGUCCGUUGGCGCCUCAGUCACCAAAGAUUCAUUGUCAAAGAUCUCCGGCACGCAAUCAAAGCAUUCCAGUGCCACAAUCACUGCCGACUCUCAAUCAAAAGCUACCAGCGCCGAAAUCAUCGCAAGCUCACAAUCAGAAGAUUCCAACGCCAAAAUCACUGCCGACUCUCAAUCAAAAGCUACCAGCGCCGAAGUCGCCGCGAGCUCACAAUCAAAAGAUUCCAGUGCCGAAGUCACUGCUGACUCUCAAUCGAAAGCUACAAGCGCCGAAAUCACUGCGGCCUCACAAUCAAAAGCCACUGGUGUUCAGAACGCCUCUUCAAGGUUAUCGUCUUCCAGCGUACCAUCCUCCGCUUCUCCGGUUAGUCAGCUUCUCACAAAUACUGCAUCGACAUCUACAAGCACAAUUUACACAGCUUCAAACACUGUGCCUACAAGUCAAUCUGCUUCUUUCGUCACCACCGUUUCGUCAAGAUCCGACCUGCCAUUGGUGACGCAUUCUCUGAGUAGCAGUACGCUAUCUCAAAGUAUUUCGACCACUUACACAGCACCAAGGACUGUCACCAAUGCCUUGAAUAUUACGAUCGCGAGCUCAACCUUUCAGUCUUCAGCACAAUUGACUUCGGCUUCUUCAGUUGGCGUCUCAACCAUAAUUAACGGAUCUGCACCAGUAACGAUCGAAUUCUCGUCCGACGCAAUCCAUUCAAUCACGACCUCUAGCUCCAUGACUCCAUCCGGAUCUUCCCUCGUUGCUACUGAGACGCUCAUGAGUCAAAACUCAUCAUCAACCGAACCUUUCGUGGUAAUUCCAACAUCAGAAUCAGCUACCGCGUCCUCGCAUGCGCCAGCAUCGACCAAUGCAACAUCAUUUGCUACUGUGCGGACGUCAGUGUAUGCGAACAUUACAACUUUAAUUUCGCGCACACCAGAUUUCACUUCUCCCGCGGCGAGCGCCUCGAGCGCUAGUGGUUUUUCUAGCAUCAGUGUCAGAUCCUCUGCCAGUGUUGAAGCCACGGCAUCCUCCAGUACAGAGGGCUCACUCUCCACCGACUCGCAAGCCACGACCUUAUCGGCAUCAGCGACAUCGUACAGCGUGUCAGCCUCCUCUAGCUUCGGUUCCAUGGCCUCAUCGACAACACUGACAUCGUACACCGAAUUGACUAGUUCUUUGCCUACUUCAAGUACAAACUCCCUGACCUCAAAUUCUGUAUCGUCGACGAUAGAGUCCAGUCUUACAUCAUCAACAACUGCCAUCUCCACAACGAGUUCAGCCACUUCUGCCACAACUGCAUCCGUUGUCUCUACCGUGAAUCUCUUCAACGCGAUUCAAACUGAUGCUCCACCAUCCGUCUUCGCAAGACACUCAAACCCUAUGGACGUAUCAAGCGGUGUAUCCAAUAACGGUUCGCCUUACGAAACCAACAAGUUCUACACCAAUUUGAUUGUCGGUGACCAGUCCAACGCUGCAUUUGUAUAUCCAUUUUCGUUAUGGAAGUACAGUUCGAACGGAGCCUCUGGGUUUGCAGUCUCCCACACCACUAAAGACCAGUAUGCCUUUGGCAGCUACGAUAGCGCUGGUAACUCUCAAUACUUGGUUAAUCCAUUGGGAAUUGCCUCUAUGGUGUUCUCUGCCGAAUCCUUUGAUGAAUCAAAUUUCAACAUGUUUGUAGGGGACAUGACAACAUCUUCAUGCGAUGUGACUAUCAACGAUGGUACCACUAGCAACAUAUUGGAAAUCCCAUUGGUUCAGGGUAUGGGAUUUUCGACAGGUAUCUAUCACGGUAACUUGAUUCCCGUAAUCAGAACCUCAGCAGCAUUCAUCUCAUUAGAGCAAGAAACUUCGGAUAUUUUACCUACUGGUAUUUUGAAAUACCGCGUGGGGUUGAACAGCGGGUCUACUUGGUUAGUUUACGUUACUCUUCCCGAUGGCCAUACCGAAGACUCAUUUUCUUUGACAUACUCAGACACAUCGUCAAUUGUUGGAUCUAAUGCUAUUGACGGGUUAAUUAUUCAAUUUGCAGUGGCACCAGACACGACGAGUUUCGAGACUUAUUACGACAAUGCUGCCGGCAUGUACCCAACUAGUUUUGAGCUAGAAGGGUCAUCCGAUGGCACAUCUGCCGAAUACUCCUUCAAUUACCAGACAGAAGGUAAAUCCGCUUCGGGCAAGACGAUGAUUUUCGCAUUCCCACAUCAUUUGGAAGCUCUGUCUUCGGAAUCACAGGCUGCACUCACUGGUGUAACGCUACAAUCAACAACAAAAGGUACUAUGGAAGGUCUACUGACAAAUAGUUUGUCGUUUGCGGAAACUUUGAACACAGAAAUCGGAUGGCUACCUUGGUCGUCGCAACUGGGCGGCCAAAGCAUCAGCUACAGCGCCGAGCAACUGCAAUUGAUCUCGGAGACCGCGAACUCCGAGAUCAACAUCAACGUUUGGGAUUCGAUUUGUGGAUUAAACACCUAUUACCUGGGCAAAAUCAUUGACAAGUACAGUUAUAUUUUACUCACAGUGUCGGACAUUCUACAAGACUCGCAAGUAACCGCAGCGGUUUUGUCGAAUCUGAAACAAGCAUUGGACAAUUUGACGGGCAAUCAACAACUGUAUCCGCUAUACUACGACACCAAAUUUGGUGGAAUUGUUUCCUCCGGGGACUGGGCUUCCACGUCCACAGGGUACGAUUUUGGAAACACUUACUACAACGACCAUCAUUUCCACUACGGCUACAUCGUACACGCGGCCGCGGUGCUGGGACGUAUCGAUAGUCAACAAGGUGGAACGUGGGCGCAAGACAACAAGGAUUGGGUCAACGCCUUGAUCCGGGACGUAGCAAACCCAAGCAGCGAGGACGAUUUUUUCCCAGUCUCGCGUAUGUUCGAUUGGUUCGGCGGCCACUCGUGGGCUGCAGGCUUGUUUGCAAAUCCAAACGGUAAGAAUGAAGAAUCCAGCUCUGAGGACUACAAUUUUGCAUAUGGAAUGAAACUUUGGGCCACGGUGAUCGGGGAUAGUUCGAUGGAGCGCCGCGCGGACUUAAUGGUGGCGGUGAUGAAAAGAUCCAUGAACUCCUACUUUUUGAUGGCACAGGACAACCAGGUGGAACCGUCCGAGAUCGUCGGAAACCAGGUCGCAGGCAUCCUGUUCGAUAACAUCAUCGACUACACCACGUAUUUCGGCACCGCGGUGCAGUACAAGCACGGCAUCCACAUGCUGCCGAUCACACCAGUUUCGUCGGAGAUCAGAACUCCCGCUUUUGUACAACAAGAAUGGGAAGGAACGCUGAGCGGCGUGGCGGCGGAAUUGAGCGACGGCUGGCAGGGCCUGCUAAUGCUGAACCAAGCGCUUUACGAUCCCAGCGGCUCGUACGAUUUUUUCUCCGCCGCGGACUUUAGCGACAACUGUUUGGACAGCGGCAUGUCGAGGACCUGGGCUCUAGCGUUUUCAGGCGGAUUGGCCCACACGCUAGGGUAA